AUGGCUGGAAAGACAGAAGUCAGCACUGUCAUCUGCAACAACGGAAGCGCCUUGAAGGAGGACCACAUUAUGGCUUCGUGCGGCGGCCGGUUUGAGCAGUUCAUCGAGGAUGGGAAUGAAGACUUCGAGUCGGACGUCGAGCGGCUGGAGCACUAUUUUCAAUCAAUGAAGGUGAGCGACGAUUUGAAGGUCUUGCUCUUUGUAACGGCCAUCGGGAAGCAAGCAUACCGCACGUUGAGGACGCUGUUAACCCCAGUGAAGCUAGAACAGAAGGACUAUGCUCAUCUGGUCAUGGACCUGAGGGAGGAGCAUUACGCUCCGAAGUCGAUGAUGAUCGCCGAGCGAUUCAAAUUCAACCAGAGGGCCCAGCUUCAGAAGGAAACGGUGGCGACAUUUACGGUGGAGGUAAAAAGGCUCGCGGCCACCUGCGAUUUUUGGCAGUUCCUGGAUGAAGCACUCUGGGACCGUUUUGUCGCGGGACUUAAUGACCAGACAGCCCAAGCAGAGCUUCUAAAAAAGAAAACUAACUUUCUCGGCGGCGUGCGACAGUGCCAGAAGCAUGAACUCGCAAGAGCAGAGACCAAGAAAUUUCAGCUAGCAGCCCCGGAGCAAGUGGAGGUGAACGCCGUCCAACGUCUCGUCCGAGACAGGAAUGUCGGAGCUUCUACCAGGAAGGCGACGAUGGCAGUCACCAUGGAGACGUCUGAGGCGUCAUGUUGUUUCCGCUGCGGAGCUCCCCAUGCCGAGUCAAUUUGCCCGUUCGGGAAGUACAAGUGCCGAGUUUGUAGGCGAGUGGGACACCUGGCAAGGGUCUCCAAAUCAACGUCCCGUUUGGUGCACGCCGUAGAAGAGGGUAGUGGUGAGGACAACGCUUGGCUGUACAACACUGGAUCUUGCAAUGCUAGCAAAGGGGGUUACACUACUGAAGUUCGUGGGCGGGCAGAAGGGUGA